AUGUCUUUAACAAAUUGCCGAUUCUACGAGGACAAGUUCCCUGAGGUGGAUAGCUAUGUCAUGGUCAAUGUCAAGCAGAUCGCCGAGAUGGGCGCAUACGUGAAGCUGCUCGAAUACGACAACAUCGACGGCAUGAUUCUGCUUUCCGAACUUUCGCGAAGACGUAUUCGCAGUAUUCAAAAGCUCAUCCGUAUCGGACGUAACGAGGUCGUUAUUGUGCUCCGUGUUGACAAGGAGAAGGGUUAUAUUGAUUUGUCGAAGCGUCGUGUCUCUCCCGAAGAUGUGAUUAAGUGUGAGGAGCGCUACAACAAGAGCAAGGCAGUACACUCUAUCAUGCGCCACGUCGCCGAGGCAACUCAGACUCCCAUCGAGACCCUAUACCAGGAGAUCGCAUGGCCGCUUGACAAGAAAUACGGUCACUCUCACGAUGCCUUCAAGAUCUCUAUCACUAACCCUGACGUUUGGAACGACAUUGUUUUCCCCAGCGACCCCGUCAAGAGUGAGAUCACACAGUACAUCAGCAAGAAACUUACUCCUCACCCUACAAAGGUUCGUGCCGAUAUUGAGGUUAGCUGUUUCGGCUACGAUGGUAUCGAUGCCGUCAAGACUGCUCUGCGCACCGCCGAGGCCGACAACACCCCAGAGAACCAGAUCAAGGUCCGUCUGGUGGCUCCCCCUCUCUACGUCCUGACCAGCCAAUGCCUGGACAAGAACCUGGGUAUUAAGAUGCUCGAGAUCGCGAUCGAGAAAAUCAGCGCGAACAUUACACAGGCCAACGGUAACUGCACCGUCAAGAUGGCACCCAAGGCCGUUACCGAGCACGACGAUGCUAUUCUCCAGGAGCUCAUGGAGAAGCGUGAGCGGGAGAACCAAGAGGUUAGCGGUGAUGAGAGCGAGUCUGAGAGCGACGAAGGUGUUCCUGCUUAA